AUCCGGACAAUAUCCUGAGGUAUACUUACAUAAAAAUGGCGUCUAUAUCUUCCUUAGUGUCGUAUGGAGGCAGUGACAGUGAGUCAGAGGAAGAAGAAAGAAGAGGAGCCGGGGCAGCUAAAGGAACUGCUGUCAGUUCCAAGGGGACUGGUCCCGCUGGUUUAAUUAAACAUCAAAAAGAUAAAAGUGGACGAGUGAAAGUGUAUCUACCAGAAUUGAGCCAAAGUACCACCACCACCAGGACUGACAAGGGAAAUGAUAAACUUUCAUCAAGUCCAAUGGCUAAACUAUCAGGAGGAAAGGGUUUGGCGUCAUUGCUGCCUCCACCAAAAAAGAGGAAAACGACCAGCAGUGGGUUCAACGCUCCUCCCUCCUCCUCCUCCUCUCUCUCUACCCCUCCUCCUACUGGUAGUAAAGGAGGGACUGGUACUAGUGGAGGCUUGUUCGUACCUUAUUCACUAAAGAAACCAAAUAAAAGAGGAUCAGGAGGAGGAGCAGCACAAGAAGAGGAUGAUGAAACUGAUAAUAAUGACUUCACUUCAUUUUUAUUUUUAAAAGAAGAGCAACAGACUGAACCCCAGGAGCAGCUGGAAGAUGCACCACCCACACAAUCUGUUGAUCAUCUGUUACCUACUGGAUAUCAACCAGUCAAUAUUGAUACCCCCCUCACUGGGUCCAGUAAUAUUGAUGUCCCUUUAUAUGGUUCUGGUAAUGUUGGUACCUUCUCUCCUCCCUCCCUCACUGGGUCCAGUAAUAUUCCACAGGACACUAGUUCCGAUGAUAACCUUGCAAUUAAUGAUGACAUUGUUCGUAGAUUAGCUGGAAAGAGGCGUGGUCAAAGAUUAGAUGAUGAAUCCUUAUCAAUCCUCAACGUUAAGACUCUGACGGAAACUGACCUAAAGAACUCAGUCAAUGCAUUUCAGAAGAACCUUACAGAGCAAUCAGCUAACAGUGGGACUGUCCCUGAGAAUCUUGUCUACUCUUCAGAGGCUAAGAGAAAGCAUCAGAUAACAUGGCUCGCCCAUCAGGCAAAGUCAAGAGAAGUUGAACUGAAGAACUUUUGGUCUGAUUCUGCAGCAGUACGGAAACAAGCAAAAAUGAAAUAUGGUUUUUAAAUCAUUAUUAAUUAACAAAAUCAUUGCUGUACAACAAAAAUGACAUGUCCUCCAGUUUUUAAUUAACUUUAA